AUGUGGAGUAAACAACGACUUACCUUUGUGGUGGUUGGCAUCCUGUUCCACUUUUUCUACCUAUGGUCGAUCUUCGACAUCUAUUUCGUGUCACCUUUGGUUCACGGAAUGAAGACAAUCCAAAGUACAGAUGAACCUCCCGCAAAACGGUUGUUUUUGAUUGUUGGAGAUGGUUUGAGAGCCGACACGACGUUCGAGAAGGUGACGCAUCCCACCACGGGAGAGAACGCACAUCUGGCACCUUUCAUCAGAUCUCUCGUGGAGAACAACGCGACGUUCGGUGUUUCGCACACCAGAAUGCCCACAGAGUCUCGACCAGGCCACGUUGCGAUGAUUGCAGGAUUCUACGAGGACGUAAGCGCCGUUACGAAAGGGUGGCAAGAAAAUCCAGUGGAUUUUGAUAGCUUUUUCAAUCAAUCCCGACACACGUACUCGUUUGGAUCGCCAGAUAUCUUGCCCAUGUUUCAAAAAGGUUCGGAGCUCAAUAAAGUGGAUGCUUGGAUGUAUGGGCACGAAUACGAAGAUUUCACACAAUCGUCCAUCGAGCUCGACGCCUUUGUCUUCAGAAAACUUGAUGACCUUUUUUACAAUUCUACGAUAGAUGCCAAGUUGAACGCAGAGAUCAGACAACAAGGAAACGUUUUUUUCCUUCAUCUUUUGGGCUGCGACACUGCCGGCCACGCUUACCGUCCAUACUCGGCAGAAUACUACGACAACGCCAAGUACAUUGAUACACAGCUGGAGAAACUUGUGCCAAAAGUCCGCGAUUUUUUCGGCGACGACGAAACCGCAUUCAUUUUCACUGCAGACCACGGUAUGAGCGCAUUUGGUUCGCACGGUGAUGGCCACCCCAAUAACACCAGAACACCAUUAGUGGCAUGGGGACCCGGUAUUAAAAAGCCUGUCAUUAACAGUAGCCCAGUCUACGACAACUACACACAGGGUUGGAAUCUUUCUCACAUCAAGCAAAAUGAUGUCAAACAGGCAGAUAUAGCAUCUUUGAUGUCAUAUUUAAUCGGUGCUAACUAUCCUGCCAACUCUGUUGGUGAGCUACCGUUGGCCUAUAUCGAUGGCCCAGAGUCGAAUAAAUUGAAGGCACUUUACGCCAACGCGAAGAGCAUUCUCGAGCAGUACUUGGUCAAAGAGCAGGAAGUCAUAGAUUCUCAGUUCACAUACAAAAAGUACGGCAAAUUUGAUCACAAAUCACCACUUCAGUAUCAAAAAGAAAUCGAGGAACUGAUCGAGAAGGUUUCUCAGGGCAAUGUCCAGUCGGAACAGAGUGCUAUCCAGCUGACUGAGGGACUGAUGACAACGACUCUGGACGCUCUUUACUACCUCACAACUUACAACAGACAAUUUACGAGGACUAUCGUAACGUUUGGUUUCGUGGGUUGGAUCACAUACUCAUUCAUUCUGUUUUUGAGAUUAUUCAUUUUGACCAAAGAGUACAAGGUGAAAGCUUCAUUUGCCAACUAUGGAAUUUUCGCGAUUUUGACCGUUGUCUUGAACUACGCUCUUUACUAUCAAAAAUCCCCAUUCAACUUCUACAUGUACUUGUUGUUCCCACUAUUUUUUUGGAGCCAGAUUUUCAAAAGCAAGAUUAUCUUGAAUGAUGGUCUCGAGGAAUUCUUCAAAGGAAUUUCAUUGGGGAAGAAGAUUAGCGCGGGCCUUGCGGUCUUGAUAAUCUACGAAAGUAUUGUUUACGGGUUUUUCAACAGAUGGAUUUUCACUGCAACCUUCAUCGCACUCGGGUUUUAUCCACUGGUAUGCGGCGUAACGGGCUUCCGCCAAAACUUUGCGUGGUUGCUGACUAGUGCGUGCAUUUCCGUUUUCACUUUGUUUGACGCGGUCAAGGUGGAGAGUCUGGAUCAAAUCAACGUCGCAAGUGCGCUGAUUGUUUUGAGCGGGUUGUGGAGCAUUUACUGCGUACGUUCGAACAUCCAGCGCUACACCCUCACGCUAUUUGUGCUCCAAAUUGCGCUUAUUGUUGCCAUGGUCGCCAUUACUAACAAGUCUGUCGUUUCCUUGCAAAAGAGGGAAGGUCUACCGCGAGACUCGCAGAUCGCGGGUUGGCUGGUGUUCGUUAUUUCGCUUGUGCUACUGCCUAUAUGCCACUACCUCAGACCCAACCGGGACUACAGAGUGAGAAUGCUGGUGAUCUACCUUACUUUCGCGCCUGCCUUCAUUAUUCUCACCAUUUCAUUUGAGUCGUUCUUUUACUUCUUCUUCACCGCUUACAUCUAUCAGUGGAUCGAAAUCGAGUCUGACAUCAAGACGCAAAAAGACAAGGCCACGGGCCCUCAGAAUUGGCUACAGCUGCUGCGGGUCUCUACAAUCGGCUUCUUUCUCAUGCAGAUCGCGUUUUUCGGCACCGGUAACGUGGCUUCCAUUUCUUCAUUUUCGCUCGAUUCCGUUUACAGGCUGAUGCCGGUUUUCGAUCCCUUCCCCAUGGGCGCGCUGCUGAUGAUCAAGCUGAUAUUGCCCUUCAUCACGUUGUCGACGGGUCUGGGGAUCUUGAACUUGAAGCUGCACAUCAAGGACUAUAGUAUUUCCUCUUUGAUCAUUUGCACAAGUGACAUUUUGUCCCUACAGUUUUUCUACCUAUUAAAGACCGAGGGGAGUUGGCUGGACAUAGGUGUCACCAUUUCCAAUUACUGCUUGGCUAUUCUUUCAUCGCUCACCAUGCUGCUUUUGGAACUGAUUAGCCAUGUCCUGCUUAGAAAUGUUUCUCUGCAUAAGACUACAGAUAAUCUGAAAAAGUCCCAGUGA